UCCCUGCCACAACUGAACUCAAUCUGCUUUCUCUUCCUGAUUACAGCAUUUUCGCGGUCACCGGCUCGGGAGUAACACUGGGAUCCGACCGGUUUUUUUCAGUCAUUCGGAAUCAGCUGCAGUUUCAGAAUGGAGGUGGACCUCAGUGGUAUCUCCAGGGCAGCCAUGCCUGUUCUCUCUGCACCUGCUGUAGAAGUGAAAUCUCUGGGUAAAACAGAGCCUGAGAAGCCUCGCAGUUCCAGCACGCCAUGCUCUCCAGUAAAGCAGAUUGUGCCUAGCUAUCAGAUUCUUCACAUGGACACUAACUACUUGGUUGGCUUUACUACCGGAGGUGAGCUUUUAAAAUUGGCUCAAAGGUGGUCAGGCAAUGAGCCAGGUGCAGCAGAAACUUUGCCUAGUCAACAUACUAAGCAACAUGAUGUGGGAUUGUCUAGAAGCUCUGGCAUCUACAGAACAAAGAAUCGAUAUUAUCAACCAUAUGAGAUCCCAGCUGCAAAUGGUAGAAGACGGCGGCGAAUGCCUAGUUCAGGGGAACAAACAAUCAAGUCACUGUCUUUUGAAUCCAGCAAAUGUCUACGUGGACCUUUGCCAGUUUGCCUCAUCAAAGGAAAGAGGGCCCCGUCAAAAUCCUUGGAUUACCUAAAUCUAGAUAAAAUGAAUAUUAAGGAACCAGCGGACACAGAGGUACUGCAGUACCAGUUACAACAUCUCACACUUCGAGGGGAACGUGUGUUCAGCAGAAAUAAAACUUGAAAAGAAAAUUAAUUGCUUUAUUCAAGAUGCACAAAGAACAACACUGGGCUUAUGGAAGUCAGUGUGAUACUUGCCCGAAUUUCAUUGUGACUGAGGGGAGUGGAUGAACUAGACAACUUGACAGGAGGUAGUUAACUUCCUUGAUGGAAUAUUGAUUCUAUACAAAUUGUACCGGGCCACAAAAUCAGUUCUCCUUCUGAUAGGAUUAUUAUGGGUUAGAUAGUGUCUAUGGAAUAUGUUACAUCCCAGAAAGAUUAGAAACAAUGUACUUCAACAUUACUGGUAAAUGGCUGAAAUGGUCACCUUUUGUUAGGACUGGGGUAAUAUGAAAUAGCUGAAAAAUUGCUAACUAUUAUUUUGUAGCAAUAAUAAUCUAUUGUGAAAAGUCAUCUUCAGUUUAACCUUUUCUACAUUUUGUUAUUUAGAUUUGAAGUAAUAACUGCAUAAGCAUCUAUUAUUGGAAGGCAGUUGAAAUUGGAUCUAAAUAGAUAAACAGCUGCUUAGGUCCUAUCUAAUAAUAAAGGUUAAUUUGAAAUGGCUAUAUUUUGCAGUUAUGGGGUUCAAUUUAUUGUCUGCAGCUUAAACUGAUAAAUAUUUGAUCUGUAUUAGGAGGCAACUACUUGCAGAGUAGUAGUUUUCCUGUCCAUUUGCACUGGUACGUUAACAGGAACUGGAGUUCUGAGGAAGGGUCACUGGACCCGAAACGUUAACUCUGAUUUCUCUCCACAGAUGCUGCCAGACCUGCUGAGGUUUUCCAGCAAUUUCUGUUUUUGGAGCUGUUGUUUGACUGGGAAUGUUUUCAGUACAAAAGUAAUGAACUUCUGACGUGAUAAAUGAUAAACUCCAUUACAGCCAGCCUUUUAACCCAUCCCUAUGUUAUUCUAGUUCUUUGUGAGCUUGUUACUUUUCUACAAUAGAAGAAGACAAACUGCAUAAGUUGGUUUGAAAACAAGGAACCCUCACAGUUCUUUCUCAAAUGAUCAGUUUGGAUCUGCAUUCAUGUGAAUCAAUGAUUAAAGUCAUGAGAUGCAACUUAAAAAUUAAA